ACAUAAUAAUAUUGCUUCAUUAUAGCUGGAAAUGAUCCGAGAUGGAUCAUAGACUCUGGGGGACCUGAGAAUAUUUUUUAUCUUUAGAUCGAUAAACUUGAGUUUUAAAUUGCUUUGCCUUCCAUAAUACUAAUUCACUGCAGUUUAUUCCUGGUGUACAAGAAGUCGGACCAGGUGAGGCGUGCUUUGUGUGAUAUUUUAGUCUGCCUGGGAUGAAUGCAGACGUCCCCUUCUCUCUAAACUAUUCUCCUUUCAGAGCCGGCAGCCCCUUGCUGAGUUGGUCGCAAUCAUUGUUUCUCUGCAGCAUUAACCACAUUCCAGAGAGGCGCAGCGCAUCCUGUCUUCAUCCCCGCAUUCCUUUUACGCAAACGAGUCCCCUGUGUAAAACGGUAUUUUUUUUAGAUUUUCGUACGCUUGGUGUGCUCGGACUUAUACACAACGGAUAUUUACGGCGUACGCGAUUAUCCAGCCUACUUUAAUCUCUGGCAUAGUGGCUGUAAGAGAAAUCUAGAGGAAAAACCAACAAGGGGAAAUUCCUCCGCGCAGCGCGCCAUUGACUGUAAAGACCUUUCAACUUAACAAAAACUGAAGUUGACAAACGUAUCCCUGUCGGCUGAAACUGUGAGAAAGAGUUUGUUUUUUCGGCGAAGGGGGCUAAGCAGAAGAAGACGAUGCGGCACACGGUGGAGGUUUCUGAGUACGUUGGUGGUUUUCUGUAAAUGAGCGACGGCUGUACCGCGGCGUUUUGUUUUGAUUUCCAUGUGAAAUGCAAUUAGUGCUCCGCGGUGCUCGCUAGUUUGGCUCGCGGAGCGGAGCACACUCUGAACUUGUUUCUCGCCUCGGGAGCACAACAUGGAUCAUUAUCAAGAAGAUUUGGGACUCCGGGCCAGUAAAUUGAUGGAGGACCUUUCCUUGUAUGAUGCCUAUAAAGACGGGAUGUACAAUUCGAGGAGAGACUUGGUGAUUAACCCCGAUUUAGACUUUUCGGCUCCGGCAGUAGCAGAGCAUAAAAGUAAGCCAAUGAAUGGUACCUCUGUGCUUCACCAGCAGCAUCACACAGUGGAGAAUUUCACGUCUGGAAAUAAAGUGUACAACGCGGCUCCGGUGCGCCCUGUGAACUGCAACCGGACCGUUCCUGUGGAUUUUUGUGCCCCUCAAAGAGACGCGGUUUAUAGUGAGGAGGGCUGCUGCACCAAAUCCGAGGUGGCUUUGCCGUGCUACACGGGCGCUUCGGAGAGGCACAGGAGGUACUCUCUGGAGGUGCAGGGCCACAGGUACAGCACCGGCUCCGCCUUCGACGGCGUGCCUCUCAACAAACCGGUGGCUCUCCCCGGCAACAGGUGCAACAGUGUCUGCAUUACCAGCAGCCACGACGGGAGAUACAACGCCACCAGUCCUCGGUCCAGCCUGGCAUCCUCUCUGUCUUCUCAGGAGCAGAGCAAGCAUGCCAGCCCGAGGUCGAGCAUCAGCAGCCCGCGUACGAGUUUAGUGGUACCGGGUCAGGACAGGUACACGAGCCCCAGGUCUAGUUUGGUUCACUGCGAGGGCAGCAGUGUCCUCAGUCCCAGAUCCAGCUAUGCAAGCACCGCCAGCGACACGAGUAAACACUCCAGCCCCCGGGCCAGCCUCAACAGCUGUGACUGCUGCAGCAAGCCGAGCAGCAACCGAACCAGCGGCAUCAGCAUGGGCUACGACCAGAGGCACACCAGCCCCAGGUCGAGCACGGCGAGCCAGUACUCCUUCACCACCAGCCCGAGGUCCAGUUACUCCGACUCGCGGUACGGGCCCGUGGUCAACCAUGAUCUGGAGGGGGCGAUUUUACACGCAGCACCGCUGGCGAGUCCUCGCUCGAGCAUCUGCAGCCAGGACGGGAGCGCGAGACCGGGGACCACCGCGAACUGCGUGGUCAGUCCCCGGUCCAGCAUCUCCAGUCACAGCUCCAGAAGUUCUCGCAGCUCCAGGGGGUCUAUGAGCACCUACCCCGAUCUGCAGCUGCCUUCACCCAGGUCGUCGAUGCUGGGGAGCGGUUUACACGAGGACACGCUGCUACAGGAGUUUGGAGACUCCAACGGGAUCCAGAAUCGCAUCCAUCUCCAGGGGCUCUCGGCGGUGCCCGAGCCUCAGCAGCAGUUCGCUCAGACGGGAGGAAGUGCGGAGAUGACCGCGGGGUCGCCGUCCUCCUUUGGUUACGGCAUAUCCUCAAAAACAGCUUCCUCGGGCCAGAGGUUCAAGCUACCUUACCAGGUGACCCCCAGCCGGGAGAGUGGGCCAAGCCAGGCGGAGAGACGGCUAGAGGCGCUCACCUUGGAGCUGGAGAAGGAGUUAGAGAUGCACAUGAAAAAGGAAUACUUUGGUAUCUGUGUCAAAUGUGGGAAGGGUGUGUAUGGAGCCAGCCAAGCGUGCCAGGCCAUGGGGAACCUGUAUCACACAAACUGCUUCACCUGCUGCUCCUGUGGGAGGAGGCUGCGAGGGAAAGCGUUCUACAACGUCAACGGGAAGGUGUAUUGUGAGGAGGAUUUCCUGUACUCUGGUUUCCAGCAGACGGCUGAGAAGUGCUUCGUGUGUGGCCACCUCAUCAUGGAGAUGAUCCUCCAGGCGCUGGGCAAGUCCUACCAUCCAGGCUGUUUCCGCUGCGUGGUGUGUAAAGAGGGUCUAGAUGGAGUGCCUUUCACCGUGGACGUUGAGAACAACAUCUACUGUGUCAAAGACUACCACACGGUUUUUGCUCCCAAGUGUGCCUCUUGCAACCAACCUAUCCUUCCAGCCCAGGGCUCUGAGGAAACCAUCCGAGUUGUUUCUAUGGACAAGGACUACCAUGUGGAGUGUUACCACUGUGAGGAUUGUGGUCUCAAGCUAAACGAUGAGGAGGGUCACCGCUGUUAUCCACUGGAAGGCCACCUGCUCUGCCACAGCUGCCACAUCCAUCGGCUCCAGUCGCAGGUCCCUGCCCACCCACCACCCAGCUACCCCCUCCAUGUCACUGAGCUGUGAGGGGGACGAGGGUGGACAGCAACCAAGCCCUGCCUCCCAGAUGAUCUGGGACACCAGCAGCAGUGGGCAAAAAAAAAAAAGGAAAAAAAAAAAAGGGCCUGCACCCCCUCCAGCAGUUCCGGGGAAGCCUCUGUGUGGCCAUCUGAGCUUCUGCCCCUGUCCUCAACUGGACAGCCAGACCGUGGACUAACACACACAGUGCAGCUCCCACCACAAGCCCUGCUGUCACAUGACAGAGCUGGGAAAAAGGGUCCCCCCUCCUCCUCCAUCUGUGAGCCCCCCCCACCCCCCCACCCCCAUUCCCCUAGGGUGCCUAACCCUGAAAGCCAACACGCCGGCUCAUCCAGAGGCCCCCGGUGACGUCACACCUCCUGACCCCUGCACAUUCAUCAAAGAGAGGGGUUUUUGGAUUGGAAGAGAGGACGCAAACUUGUCUUUCUCCUCGCUUCCCUCUGUUCCUUUCCAUGUUUUUCAUUCCUGUGCUCUGACCGAAGCGGUUUACCGCAGUGGAUUCACCAGGGCUGUCACGUCUGAGAACGCUGCUGAUCUCGGCGUCAGGAAGGCCAGGGAACGAGCCACUACAUUCCAGUGCUGGCUGGACUGGACGGGCCCCAGGGUGGGCAUGCUGUGCCUUCAGAGCAGGCCCUCUCUGUGCAGCUAUUAACACUGAAAUGGAGUCCUGCUAAAGGCUAUGCAAAGGACACCCAGCAUCUCGACACAGGGCCAUGAGAGAAAAACUGUCAACUCAUCGCUCCUCACCCCGCACCACCCCAACAUAACAGAUGCACCGUAGCACCACGAGCCCAGAGGACCGACAGACAUUCCACUUAGAAAUCUUAGAUGAGACCUCGAGAGAUUCACAAGCAGUGUCUUAAUUAAUGAUUAUAUCAUGACAGAAAAAGAAAAUUUUAGAUGCACAUAGAUUGUCUUUUAUAUAUGAAUAUAUAUUUUGCAGAUGUUUUCCACAUAAGAUCCUAGAUGUAGAUUCUCUCUCUCUUUUUUUUUUUUUUUUUUUUUUUUGUUGUUGUUGUUGCUGCGCUCGUGAUAGAUUCAGAGGUAAAACACGCUGUCUGUCACGCAGUCUGAAGCCUCUGAAGACUUUGGGUCUGUUGUAUCAUUUCUCCUCUAGGACACAGAGCCUCUUCAUGUCUGUCAGUGGGUCAGAGACCCACAGGCUUUGUUGGAGCAGCCUUGGCUCAAAUAGUAUUUGCCUGCAGUUGUUUUAUUCCACUUUAAGUACCAAAUGACUAGUUCCCAAAUCUGGCAACAAAUUAGUGUGUUUUACUCAGCAUGACCCCUCCCUCUGUUGACUGUAGACAGCUAUAACACACACACUGCCACGCUGUCAAACAUUUCUGCACAAAUCUGCGCUCUUCAUCAUCAUUUUUGUAAAAAAAAAAAACAAAA